ACACUUUUAAAUGCAUUUCAUAAAUGAAUCCUCAAUCUAGAAUAGCAUAGUUUAUUAUGUUAUUGGCUUUUAAUCAUUGAAAAUUAUCCAUUUGACUAUUAUAGACUAUAUUUAUAAAACUAACUUUCCUCCAAUAGAGGGAGUUAAAAUUUUCGAUUUAUAUAAUAUAUCCUUUAUGUGCAUUUAUUCAUUUAGCAAUGAAACCACCCAAACGAGCGAAAAACGGCACAAUUGUACUAAAACAUUCGAGAUCUUGGAAUAAAUUUGAUAAUAAAAAAUUAUUUGAAGCUCUUGACAAGUAUGGUGAAGAUUUAAAAGAAAUUAAGAAAAUUUUGCCUAAACGAAGUUUUGAAGAAAUUUUUUUUCAUAUUAAAUAUUACAAGAAUAUAUGCAAAAGGGCAUAUAUAUGGCAAUGCAAAAAAGAAGCACCUUAUAUAUUGACAUGGAUUGACACAAUAAAAAAUGUAACAUCCUUAGCUUUGCCUUUUAUUAAUAUUAUAGAUAAAGUAUCAUUUAUUGGAAAGAUUGCAGAUAAUAUAGCUGAAAAUUAUCAAAUUCAAACAAAACAGUUACAAACUUUAUCAGAAUUAAUUGACUUCAAAAAUCUAUACACAUUUAUAGCAGAUAUUUUUAAUAGCAGAAAAAUUGGAGAAUUAAAACCUUAUGAAUCUCAACUUUUGUUAUCAAUGAUAAUGGAAAUAGAAGCCGAAGCCUCAGGACAUAAAUAUUUGUGCCCUCAAUUAUUGUCGAGAGCACGUACAAUGAAAGGAUUAUCCAAUAACUAUCCAAAAUAUUUUUUUAUCGACCCUCUGGAAGUCAUGCACGAGGCUUAUAGAAUUAAAAAGGAUAGAGUUAUCAAUACCGAAAAAGACAUUCAGCUACCGACUAAUCCUGAUAUAUCUAUGAUACUCUCUGAACAAGACAUAUCGUCAGCCCUAAUCAAAAUACACAAUCAAACGGAUCAACCCUAUAAUAAUGAUAAUUCGAAUGUUGCAUUAGAUAUUGAAGAUGAAUCUCUUAAUAGUAUGGAUUUUGACGCGCCCUGCACCUCACUCAUGCCAUACAAACAUUACCAAAAUAGAGUUUUAAGUGCCAAAUCAAAAGAAACCAUUGACUCUGACAUACAAAAAUCGUUACCCAUUACCGAUAUUUAUUCAUCUCCAAUAAUAGAAGACAAUCCGCUUGACCUGAAUCAAUUACCUUAUUUAAAUUCCCUCGCCCAAUUCAGUGAGUUGUUUUUGCGAAAUAGAUCUUACCAACCCAAACGUCGCACUAUUAAACAUAACGACGGAAUUAAAUUCGAUCUCGAUAAACUUAUUGAUUUGUUAUAUUUUCUUAACCCGUUUUGUUUGCCUACUUUGCAAAUUACAUCUGUCAAAGACGAAAAGAAUGAUGUAAUCAAAAAAUUUGGCAGGAUAAAUAGUAGCCGGGAAAUCGCUCUCCCCCUUUCUAGUAAUAGUGUUGCCACCUCCAUUUUACAAAUCAAUUCAGAUACCUCUGUAACCCUACGCAAUUUAAAGUUCAAUUCAGCUCCUAUCCAAGCAUCGGAUAAUUGCAAGGAUCUUCCGAUUAAUAAUUUACCAAAAACCUUUGAUUUACAAACCCUACCCUCAAAACGCAUUAAAAUUUUGGGAAUCAUAAAAAAAUUAAAUACUUCAGAUGGGAAAACCGAUAAUAUGAUGAUCGAUUUCAUUGGAUCCAAUAACACGGUUGAAACUCAUACAUUAAAAAAUCUUAGCAAUUUGCAAUUUAGAGAUUAUGGAUGUUAUUCUAAAAAGCAAAAAAAAAUAUAAAUCCUAUAAUGAAACUAUAAUAUAAUUUAUUUUAUUUUUUUUCCUUUUAUUUACCGAAUCUAUGUAGAAUAACGCAUAUUAUUUCACGUUUGUUAAUAAGUAACUGAUUGUAAUUUAAUAUAUUUUUUUAAACUAAAUAUAGUAAUAGAUUUCAUUUAAAAUACCUGUGAUAUCAGUUAUUCUUUCCUCUUAGGCCUCGUCAUAUUCGAUUCUUACUCUUAAAUAUGAGAUAAUAUCUAAAAUGGUGAUUCUUUUUCAGCCCCUUCAGUUGCAAAAAAAUUGCCGAUAAUUCUUUACUUUUGAUGAAGUAAAAAAAGGAUUUGUUAUUAAUUUAAAAUAUAAUUAAAGAAUCUCAAAUAUAUUUUUUAAAAAUAAGUGUCAUCAUAUAACGAGGCCUGGCAAUUUAAAAGAAAUUAUGAUGAAAGGAAGUUCUGCAUUGAUUACAUAAUUUUUCUUAUUUAAAUAUUUUAAUUAUAGAAAUAAAUCAUUUUAAAAAAUUUAUUAUAAUUUA